AUUCCGUCUGCAACAGAAGUUUUCACUGUUUGUUUAUCCAUUUUGACCUGAUAAGCCCAACAACUCGAAUUCGGAACACAUUUCCGUGACUCGUUCUGCUAAAUUCAUAUAUGAAACGAAACUAUAUUUGCUGGAUGAUAAAAUGGAACAACAUUACUUAAAAAAAGCUUUGGAGGAAGUUGUUCGAUUGGCUGAUGAAAAAGUUACAAGUGCGGGAGAAAUAGUUAUCAAAAAAGAAGAAGAAUUGAGAGAGAUUUCACAUACUUACGAAGAUACAGUGGACGAAUUAGGUCUCUACUUUGCAUCUGUAACGAAACAACUAGAAAGAUGGAGGUCCAUAUUCAUACAGGAUAUUCAAAAAAGUAUGUCAGAUUUGGACACAGAAUUUCGAACAUAUGCAGUCAGAAUCCAGUCCGGAAUAGAAAAGCUUAAAGAACUUCGAGAAAGAUCUGCAAAAGUUCUCACUUUAGGAUAUGCUUCCAACUCCGACUUGGUGUAUCAAGUUCAUAGCUGCAUAUUCUCUAUCAAUCAAGAUUUAGAAUACCUAACAGAAUUUGUAGGUAACUACAUACCUCUAAAAUUCGUCGGAAAAUUGAAUUUCGAACGAAUACAAAAGUCUGAGGUUGGUACACUCGAAAGGUUAUCUGAUAUAGUUUUUGCUGAAAUUUUACCUAGCAAACUACCAAAGAUAAAACUUGGUCAGUUAUUCCACAUAGACUUCAGAAUAUCUAGAAAGCAUUGUGAAGCCGCUCGCAAGUUUAUAACAUACUCAGUAACUAAAGAUGAUGAGCAUCUUCAAAAUGUAUGUGCCUACCUUCUUGACAAUAAAAACGGGACAUAUAGCCUUAGCUUCCCGAUUACACUUAUAGCGCCACAUACAGUUAAUGUGUUGUACUUAGGCGAACACAUCAAAAACAGUCCAUACACUAUUGUAUUCAAAGUUGGUCCAAACCAAAUGAUAUCUGGUCCAAUUCAGAGCAACCCAUCAGCUAGCAGUUUUCUUAACAAAGACACAAGCAAUGAACACCAAACCAAUUCAUGUAAAGUUUCUGGACGCCCUGCGGGAGACGACACUGAGGUAUAUAGGCGAAAUAAGUGGCUCAAUCAUCCUGGGAGCGAUCAAAAAAAUAAUAAUCAAUCUACAGUUAGUGCUGGUUAUGAAACAAAUGACCAACCAAAACAAUUACAAGUGUAAAAUAUAAACUAGUGAAUGAGACAGCAACGUAGAAUAUGUCCAAAUCAAAAACAUAGAUGGAUGUAAGACUUUUAAUUUUAAAUUAAAAGCGUAUAUUCUCAGCUAAAAUUG